AUGCGCAGGCGUACCUUCUUGAGUGGGGAUUGGUGGGCGACGGGGCGGGACGGGGCGGGACUCCCGACACAGCGCACGCUCUGUGGGCGCAGAGGGCGGAGCUGCCGGUACCAGUUGGUCCAAGCGUUGGGGCCUGAGGCGUUCGGAUCCCUCCCAUUCCCAGCGCCUUCAACGGCAGACCAUUCAUCAAGGACUUUGUACCCAAGACCCAAAAGCUUGUUACCCGAGAUGAUGAAUGCUGACAUGGAUGCAGUGGAUGCUGAAAAUCAGGUGGAACUGGAGGAAAAAACACGACUUAUCAAUCAAGUGUUGGAACUUCAACACACACUUGAAGACCUCUCCGCAAGAGUAGAUGCAGUUAAGGAAGAAAAUCUGAAGCUAAAAUCAGAAAACCAAGUUCUUGGACAAUAUAUAGAAAACCUCAUGUCAGCUUCUAGUGUUUUUCAAACAACUGACACAAAAAGCAAAAGAAAGUAAGGGAUUAACAUCCCUUCUGUUUUAUGGAAUUGCUGCUGAUCUUUUUUUCUUUAAAACCUGGAUAGAUUUAAAAAGUUAUAGUACUUUUGUUUGUGGCUUAAUUGAAUAUUUAUGAAGAUAAUGUCAGAUCUAGGCAAAAUUAAGAGCAUAAGGGAAGACUUCAUGAGUUUGUGUAUAUGUUAGUCUAUGAAAACGUGCAAAUGUAGAGACUUUAUAAUUAGAAAUGCAUAUAUUUAUGAAACUUGAAAAAUGAAUGUUUUAUCAAAUUUGCUUUGAUUUAUAGGUUUAGCACUGUCUUUUAUUAUAGGCAUAGUAAGAGAUAACAAUAACCACCAUGUUGUGAAAAGUGACCAAAAUCAUGUACUGAACGCACAGCUUUAUGUACCCUGUCCACCAUGUUGUGCCUCUUCUCCAUUUGCUUUUUCCUUUCCAUUUCCCUUCCCCUAAGGAAAAAAUUGGUUUUACAUUUGUAAAAGUAAUUUUAAUAGUUAAUCAUCUGUGAGAGUAACCUGAGCUUGAAUUGUUGAAACUUACUAAAAUAAGAUACUUUCUCAGUUAGGGCUUCUCAUAGUUAAUAAUAAGAUAGGAUUGUUAGUUUCUCUUUAAUCAGUUGAAAACAGAGGCUAUAAAUAUGAAGACUUCUUUGCAACUGAAUUGUCAAAUUGGGAAGGCUUGGUGGUUAAAACCUUCCUUUUGCACAAAACGUGGAGAAAGAUUAGUAUCUGGAAAGAUGAGCUCUGUUUAUACAUUUGGAAUAGAAAAUUUUGAGAAAAACAUUAAUAGGAUGG